AUGUCUCCGCAAACAUCCACUAAACAUCAAUUGUCAUUAACACCUCUGAAAGGUGUUAAAGAGAUGGAUAUGAUUAAGGGUGACACGAUAAAAUCAAAUCCUUACUUUCAUCGAUAUAGCACAUAUCACAAUAGUCAAAACGCUAUACCUACGAGUAUUGAUAACCGGAGCAUCAGAGUCAUAAAUCGUUUACGACGGAAAAAUCAUACAGCAACUACUGCUCAUCAAUCAACGCCGGCUAAUUCGAACUUUGGAACCUACUUACGAGGUCAUCCAAUGAGAUGGUCAUCACCCGACCCACAAAUGACAGGACUGCAUGCAGUAAAUUCAUUCCAACCAUUCACUCCUGUCGCCAGUACUGCUAUCAGGUCGAUAUCAAACGCUCGUUUUUCACGACUGAUUCCUCCACAAGCCCUGUUCAUUCCGUCCUCAAGCGUAGUCCUACCUCAGAUUCAAUCUCAAGCCAAGUUUUCACCUCUUCCCUCACACAUCGCUGUUAUGGAAAAUCUGCAUGCACUCGGCGCUAGUGUUGCAUCAUUUCUAUCUUCACGUGAUACAAUGGAACGUUUUGCGAAAUUUGCAAAAAAUUUACUCAGUUUAUCAACUUCAAAUCAGGUAACCCUCCAGAAUUGCGGAUAUUAUUCAUGA